UGUAUGCAUAUGGGCCAGUUAUCUCUUAUCAGAUAAGCGAAGAGAGGAAGCAGGCCAAAUCGUAAAGCAGCCUUAGUUUACCUGAAGAGAGCCAGUACUAAGCAUCUAUGAGCUAUGGGUGACACAACAGCACAGCUUUUGGCGGCUAUAAUGGAGAGGGAUGAGGUUGGUGUUCUACGAGCCCUUGAAAAUGGAGCUAAUGCCAAUUUUUCAGGUCGGCUUGGAGGACGACCUCUUCACACUGCAGCCUACGACAGAGACUCUGAGGAUGUCAUCAUCAUCGUGGAUCACCUCCUGAAGCACAACGCAGAGAUAAAUGCCCAAAAUAAUCAAGGAUUUACCCCUUUAAUGGUGGCAUCACUUAAUGGGCAUGAGGGCAUCGUAAGAAAGCUGCUGCAUUAUGAUGCUGAUAUCGAGAUAAUUCGAGGAACCUCUGGAGAAAGGGCGCUGCAUCUGGCUAUGAACAAAAAUGGUUCUGGCACAGCCACUGCUUUGCUGGAUGCUGGUGCUGACAUGAACGCUCAGACAUCGGAGGACAAUUCAACACCUCUUCAUUUAGCAGCAGAGUUUGGUAACAGUCUCUCAGCAGAAGCACUGAUAAACCAUCCUACCUUUGAAAGGGAGACUCUACAAGCAAAGAACAAGGGAGGAGAAACGCCUGCAGAAGUGGCAACUAGGGAGGGCCAUCAUGAGCUAGCUUGUCGUCUCAACUUGAUUGAAGCAGCUGAGACUGAUAUUGAUAAGCGAAUGAUCACAGCGUUACUCUCUGGAAAAGUUGAAGAUCUUGAAAGUGCUCUCAAUGAUGGGGGUGACGUCAACAAAUCCACCUCAAAAUACGUUACGCCACUCCAUGUUGCAGCUGCCAAGGGUUCCCUGUCCUUAGUGCAGGUUCUUCUGAACAGACAGGCUACUAAUGUGGAAGCCGUGGACAAUGAUGGUUACACGCCUCUAAUGGUAGCAUCCCUUCGAGGACACAUAGAUGUAGUAGAAAAGUUGAUUGCCUUCCGUGCAAAACCAAAUAAUGAAUCUCACGAAGGUGAAACUGCUCUACAUUUGGCAGUCAUUCAUGAUAAUCAAUCUGUUGUCAGAAGUCUGCUCGACAAUGGAGCCUCUAUCAAUAAAAGGACAAAAGAUGGGUCAACCCCACUUCACCUGGCGGCAAAGUAUAAUGCCAUACGCUCGGCAGAAGAACUGGUGAAAGACAUUUCUUGCAAGAAGGAUGAGAGGAAUGCAAAUGGCUACACUCCAUUAGAAAUAGCCAAAAAGCGCGGACAUCGUCAGCUCUGUAGUAUUCUUAAUGCGGAGGAUGAAGCUGAAGCAGACGUUUACGAAUCUCAGUUUCAGGAGGUCAUCAAACCAAAAGUAAUAUACGGAGAGAUAAAGCAACCCAGCGGCAAGAUUUACAAGAACACCAGCCAUCCAAGGGGAAAAGUCUUGAUUGUUAAUAAUAUAUUUGAAGGCAAGAAUUUCAGACAGGGAGCCAAAUCAGACACUGUUUAUUUGACCGAUCUCUUCAAAAAGAUGGGUUACGAAGUUCAAUGUGAAGAAAACUUGACAAAGGAAGCAACGCUGAAUGUCUUGGAGAACUUCAGAGACGAGGAGAAACUUAAGAAAAUCGAUUCAGCUCUGUUUUUCUUCCUUAGCCAUGGCAGCAAGGGAAAGUUUCUUACUUCAGAUUACAAGAGCUUGGAAGAAUCGGAGGUGCAAGAAUUCUUCAAAAACAAGAAGGGGUGUCUUUCUCUAGAGGGAAAACCAAGAGUCUUUGUUUUUAACUUCUGCAGGGGAGAAUUUUACGAGGAAAGAACACUGGCACACUUUGAAAAAGAUUCAAAGGCAAUCGGACAUACAGAUUCAAAGGCAAUGGGACAUACAGACGAAGAGGGUAGAGCUCCAGAAGUAAAGUCCAGCAAUAAUAAAAACACAACUGAUGCCCCAAAAGAUAUGCUGUUUAUUUAUGCUUCUACAGAUGGUAUACGAACACUACGACACCCAACUUUUGGUACCUUUUUCAUAAAAACUUUGUGUCAGAUAUUUGCUAAAUUUGCACAUAAAUAUGACAUUGAGAGUAUGACAAAGAUAAUUUGCAAUCAAAUGGAGCGAGGAUACCUUACGACACCGGAGAUGUGUAACUACCAUUUCAAAACUUUCUUCUUGAACCCUGCACCAGAGUCAGGCCUGUGAUAUGGCUAAGGACACCGAACCUUUUACGAGCACAUAACAAUAAUGCCUGAUAAAUUCACUUCAUUCAAUACUUUUCUAUUAAUUGUUUGAUUUCUAUGGCAUCAUAAAAAUUAAGGUCAAGAGUAAGGACUUCAGUUGCAAUCAAUACAAACUUAAUAUGAAAAGGUCCUCACCUGAAUAGAAUGGAAUGACAACCCAAUUGAAUGUCCAACAGACUUCAUAACUUAAUAACUUUUAAAUUCCUUUUAAUUAAUGACUUGAAAUCUGUAAAAAACCUGUAAAACCCAGUGACAUCUUUUUUCUUGAGAAAAUACAGUAUUAACUCAUAAAAAUGAUAAUACCACCAAAAAAUCUUUUUAUGUAUAUGAACAUGAUUUCUUUUUUCUUCAGGCUCUGGUUCUAUAUGGUUUAUGUACAUGGUGAUCCAUCCAGAAAUGUUAAGAUAGUAAAACUACAUGGAAAACCAAUUAAUAAAACUGUUAUUGUUUAUCUUGUAACAUAUGGGCUGUCUGGACAGGUUGGAGUUUACUAAUUAACGGGACCCAUAAAUACAUGAUACAUGUACCUUAUAUUAAUGAUGCAAGCUUCAGGAUUCCUUGCACUAGGAUAUAAUGUUACUGUACUGGGUUCACCAGCCUAACUGGCACUGCUUUUAAUGCACAAACAUCUGGAGUUAAAUUUAACAAAACCAAAGAGAAUGAAUACCCCAAUUUGUUACACUUUUCUUUGACAACAGACAGCCAUUUUAACCAAAUGAAAUAAAUAUCCUAGUGCUCAAUCUAAGACUAUUCAAUGUCUGAUAAUCUAUGUAAAAUGAGUUCAUUUAGAAGCAUGAAACCAUAAAAAAAUACAUUCCAUUUGAAAGACAAAAA